CAAUAAAUAUAUACUGUAACACAUGAUAUAAGCAAAACAAGAGUUAAUAUCAUAACUGCUCGUUCAGGAAUGGAGCCUAUCUAUUUUUUCGGUUGUAAUUCGACAAAAAAAUCUGCAUAUGCUUGUGCUGUAUACACUUUGUUUAUCAAAGUUGUAGCAAUUGCUGUACUAUAUAUCAUAGUAUUUCACACUGAAGAAGUAGAAAAACAAAUUAAUGAAAUUAAUGAUGGAACCAUUUUUAAAGUAACUAGAAACUUUUAUCUUGGUGCUAUCAUUCAUUGUUCCCUAUAUUUUGUUAAAGCGCUUCUUCUAAUAAUUGCCUUAAAAUUGGAAAGUCGUAAGUUGAUGAUUCCUUGGAUGAUUGGAACCAUUCAAGAUGCUUGUGUUAAACUCAAUUUUAUGUCUCUCUUCCUUAGAGAUGGAGGAACUGGGAGUGUGCCAUUAAUGUUGUUUGUUCUCUAUGGAAUGAGUUGUUUUGUUGCCAUUUUGGUCUAUGAAUUUUUGAGUGUCCUUUCCCAUUAUCAAUCCUUAAGAAAGAAAUCCCAUAAAAAUUAAUUAAAAAA